AACCGAAACUCGAACCGAAACUUGGGGCUAUUUGGAUCCCAGCCAGCCAUCGUGACCAUCUCACCCUCAGAAAUAUACCGUCUCAUGUUUGAAAUAUACCGUAAAUACCGUAACCAGGACCAAACGCAGUUAUGAGCUCAGACAAAAAUUAAGUUGUUUCUCAAAUACUUAUAUUGCUGAUAAAAAUUUUAUAGAGGAAUUGAUUAUGAUCACGUUAAACUACUACAAAAAGGGCACAAUUUUUACUUGAUGAUAUCGAUAGACUCGCUGGGCGGGAAUUUCAAAGUUGAAUAAUAAUUUGAAAAUAACUCAAAACUUAUGUGAAGUAAAUGGAUAUAAAAUAUAGCUUUAACAUUAAGUGGAACAACUAAGGCCACUCUGGCGACUGCGUAGACUGUGCGUCCCGACUGUGCGUGACCUGGCGAAUGGAUCGCCCAAAACGGAAAUGCACAAAAACAAACGCCACGGAGGUAACCGCUGGCAACAAUGCCACCAAACGGUCGUUCCACAAUAUUGAUAAAGCGCCUUUGCCACUAUUUUUCACACAUUCCGUCCUCCAGCAUGAGCACGCACUCGGGUCGAGCGUAUCUUAAUUCCUGUCUCAAAGUGCCCAUAGAUCCGUGCAACAACUGCCCGGCUCCGGUCUACAAUCGUCCGAAGCUCUGUCUGGGCAAGAAGCAGGCGGGCAGGACGGGACGUGCCAAAAGCACUGCCUCUAUGGAGGCGGAGACACCUGGAUGGACCACCCAGACGGGGAUCCGAUCUCUGGCCAAGUUCUACGACAGUAUACCUGACUACUGUGAUGUGAAGCACAUGCACCAGGAGGAGUUCUACUCGACGCUGGAGAGCCUGCGCAGCACCAGCCGUGAGCUAAGAGCCCAGCCAGGGGCCGUGCAGGCGCCUGCGGAGCGUUGUGCCAGUGCCAGCAGCAGCUCCUUGGGAAAGUCAAAGAAACGCGCGGGCAAGGGGAAAAAGAAGAGACCUCCGCUGGUGCUGGAUCCAGCUCCCGCCUCAGUGCCAGCCACGUCCACACCACUGAGAGCUACACCACAUAGCGGCCAUGCCAUUCGCUGCUCCACGGCCGCAGUAGUCAUCACUCCCGGCUCCAGUGGCCUGAGCGAGGAGUACGACAAGUGCCUGAGGGAUCUGAGUCGCUUGAGAAGCUUCAAGGAGGACUACGCCGUGGAGGUGGCCGACUUCAAGCGUUCCCUGAAGAGCUUUGAAGAGGAAUUCAAGCGGCCGAAGACCACCAGCAGCAGUGGCACACAGACGGCACACAAGCCGCAUCCAACGGGUCCGCCUGGUGGCCACACGGCUGAGCGAGCCAAGUGUCGCCGGGAGAUGCUGCGCCGAUGCUUCAGCGUCAACGAUCUGGGUGGGAUUCCGCCGCACGCGAGUCUCACAGCACCCAAGGCUGGCCAGCCAAAGCUGAGCAAGUACUUCCUACAGAAGGCUGAGGACGAGGAGCUGCCCAAGAUUCAGGUAGAGUCGCCAUCCGUGUCUUCCAAGCGCAGCAGCAGUGCGUCCGUCUCUGGGCGAGGACGCGGUCGUCGUGGCAGGGGACGGAAGCCAAAGACUACAGCGAUGCAACCAAAAUCGGAGGACACCUCCGCCCGGCCGCCUUUAAGAAUCUUCGAGCUGGAGGAGGAUGUGCCAAAGCGGACGCCCAGCGUGUCCCCCCUGCAUCCGGUGGCGCGUCCCAAUCUGGCAGCCACUCUGCGUGCCGAAGUGUCCCGGAAGAAGGUCAAGGAGCUGAAGAACAACUGCACCUACCACGAUCCCAGGCCCCAGUUCGAUUGGGAGGUUCGCAAGACGCCCGCCUGGAAGUCCCUGUCGCUCAAUGAAUCACACAAAGCAUUGCUGUCCAUCCGACUGGCCACGCGAAAGGCGGAGCAGGCCCUGCAGGAGCGGCAGUACGAUCUGCACAUGACCAUGAUGCGGCAGCGGGUCAAGUCGGCCCCCCUGCUGCUGGAGGGACCCACGUUCUGGGGGCCGGAGGUGGGCAAGCUGAGCCACACGUGCCAGAGCGAGGGCAGGCGACACACGUGCGAGAGCAGCAAGCAGCGCAGAAAGAAGUCCAGCUGCCCGGCCGGCGAGGCGGACGCCAAGUUGCAGCAGCUGCGGAAGAUCUACGGAUCGGAGAAGUCCUGUUCGCGCCAGUCGCAGCGCAGCAAGCGCUCCGCCCGGCGGCAUAGGGACCAGGAGACGGAGACACCCAGCCACGACAGCGGCGAUGAUUUGUGCAGCGUGGACCGCGCCUUCCUCUAGAGAAUCACUUAAUUCCGAAGCACCUAGUCACAAUACAUGAAUGCAUUUUUUGGAUGAUCCCAUCGCCAGCUCUUUAUUCGGGCAGUUGCAAGGUGUGGAGGGAGGAGAAGUCUGCAAUAAGCUCGUGUCUGCUCUUCUGGUCAUCGGUGAGGGGAGCGUUGCCUGGACGCUGGAGCACUAUGGUCUGUAGCCCAGCGGAUCGAGCAGCGGCAGCUUCUGCAUGGGACAAAGCAUUAUUGGAUGCAAAUAUUGCAGCAGCUAUCCACCACCUACCUCCAGGAGUAUCCGUGAGGAAGAGAAUGUGACGCGGAUCUUCCCCCAAAGUCUUGGCGAUGUUUGCAUACGAUUGCGUCUCCUGUUUGUGGCCCACGUGGGUGUCAAAGUGUGCACUGAGAUGGGUCAGCAGGUCCCCCACAAC